GACUUUUGUCUCUUUCAGGGACCUGAUGAUCAGGUGUGACCUUUGACCCCUCACCUUCACGCUCAGCUGCCCGUCUACCUGAGAGGGGCGGGGCCUGAGGAGCCCAGGGACCGUAUACCAUGGCAACGACCUCCUCUCUGCUCGGCCGAGGUCUGGGUCUGGUUCUGGUGGAGUUUCAGUAUGAGUACCAGGGUCGGGACGGUGCGCUGGUCACCAUCAAACCCAACGAGCGCUAUGUCCUGCUGGCGAAGACCAACGACCACUGGUGGCAGGUCCGCAGCGACGGCGGCUCCAAGCCCUUUUACAUCCCCGCCAAGUACGUCAAGGAGCUGCCGCCGGACGUCCCCUCACCUCUGGACUUCGACCCACCCAGUCCUGAACCACUGCUGCUCCCUGCGGCGACACCUGUCCCUGUUCCCGUCCCCGUCCCUGUCCCCGUCCCAAAGACUCUGGAGGAGCCCAGGACCAAAGCGGGGGAUGAGGUAAUGAUCCGGCUCAGACCGGACGCCUCCACCGGACACCGCAAGACCGAGAACCGCAUGUCCACAUUCGGCGUCCCGCUGGACUUUCAUGACCUGUCCACUUUGGUGGUACCCCGCCAUCCCAGUAACCCCCCUCCUGAUCCCCCAAACCACAGAACUACAGCGCCCAGUGGGACUACAAACAUGGCUGAUGACGCUGCGAGUAGGAAGCAGCCGUCAGGGCUCCUGGACGACCACAGGGACUCAGACAAACCUCGAGUGCCCAGUUUCAGUCCAGCAGACCCCCUGUCCACAUCCCGGCCCCACACCCAGCCCAUCCCUGUGGAGACACCAGUGGUCCCCCCACACAGUGACCACCACGGUGCGUCCUCACCAUCUUCAGCUCGUCGUGACAACCAGGAGUCCCCGAUAGAGCCAGAGCCCGAGGAGGAGGAGGAGGAGGAGGAGGAGAGCGUGGAGGAGAGCGGCGGCGAGGUGGAUUCACUGAAGGAGGAAGAUUCGAACCACAUCUACGAAUCCAUCCAGGACCUGAACCUGGACCUGGAGGCCCUGGUGGGAGGAGGAGUGAGUCCUGGAGCACCGCCGGCACCUGUACCUGUACCUGUACCUGUACCUGCACCUGCACCUGCACCUGCACCUGCAGUGGCUCCGCCCCCCUCACAGGUAACACAUCUGCUGUCAGUCUGUGCUGUUAUAAAUGACCUCUCUUAACUUCUGUCCCGGUUCAGAGUCCAC